AUGCACGCUGUGCACAGUGGCACCGCCUGCGCCUUGGUGGUGCUGUUGCAGCCCAUCUGGCUCCACAACCAAUCACCUGCGAGCGGCAAUCGCAGCUCGCCAUCCGAUUGGCGGAGCGCGCAGUGGUCCUCGUACAGCAUCGUACACUGCUUUACUGCCAACUCGCCUGCGCCGUGCAUUCGGACGCCUCUCCAACAUUGCAGUGCGGCCAAACACGUUGAUGACUGUGUGACGGAGACGGGUCUAAUAUUGUCUCUUGUCCCGCACCGACUCAAUUUCUCCAAAACUCCCAACAGACAUACCUCACGAAGCGUCAUGGAAUCAGUUUCGAGCACAGAGGCGACCGCGCCCGCGCCUACCGCGUCGGCGUCUGAACUGCAGAAGACUGGCCAGUCGCACCCUGCGCCUGUCGUUGAGCAGCAAGCGCAGCAGCCCGCACCGACGGCGCAACAGAUAGACGGGGAACCCAAGGCAUCCGGAGAAGAUAAGCAAGGGCCACCGACUGCACAGCCGCGACCGAACCCUGCGGCGCAAGCGGCGCAGACCAGACCGAUCGCCAAGCUUACCAGAGAGAGCUACAACCAGCAAUCCCUGGGUACAUCGCUCAACUCAAAAGUCAAACAGUCACGCGUUCUCAUGGUUGGAGCCGGAGGCAUUGGGUGCGAGCUUCUAAAGAACCUGGUUCUCAUGGGCUUUGGUGAAAUCCACAUUGUCGACCUCGAUACGAUCGACCUCUCGAAUUUGAAUCGCCAAUUUCUUUUCCGCCAAGAACACAUAAAAAAGUCCAAAGCCUUGGUGGCAAAGGAGGCGGCCGAGCGGUUUAACCCCAACGUCCGAAUUGUCGCAUACCACGCAAACAUUAAAGAUGAUCAAUUUACUGUCGCAUGGUUUCGCGGGUUUACGGUUGUUUUCAACGCACUGGAUAACCUAGAAGCGCGUCGCCAUGUCAACAAAAUGUGCCUAGCUGCCAACGUGCCACUCAUAGAGAGUGGCACAACGGGGUUCAAUGGACAGACUCAGGUGAUUAAGAAGGGCGUCACAGCGUGCUACGACUGCACGCCCAAAGAGACGCCCAAAUCAUUUCCUGUGUGCACGAUUCGCAGCACACCGAGUCAGCCCAUUCACUGCAUUGUGUGGGGUAAAAGCUAUCUGCUAAAUGAGAUAUUCGGUGCUAGUGAAGACCAGGCUGCCUUUGAUCACUCCGAGGAUGCCGAAAAUGCUAAUCAGAUUGCAGCCAAGGAAAUUGAGGAGCUGAAGAGAGAAUCAGAGGCACUGAAGAAGAUUCGCGCCGCCGUCGGAACACCCGAAUUCCCCAAGAUGCUGUUUGACAAAGUUUUCAAUGCCGAUAUUGAACGACUGCGUUCUGUGGAAGAGAUGUGGAAAUCCAGAACACCGCCCGUAGCCCUCGAUUACGCCAAGGUACUGAGCGAAGCAGGCGACGCAAUCGCAUCAACAGACGCCUUACUUGCCGACGAUCAAAAGAUUUGGUCUCUUGAAGAAAACCUGGCGGUGUUCAAUGACAGUCUGGAGCGAUUGAGCAAGCGCGCGAUCGAACUGAACAAGGCCCAGGGACCGUCCGACCUGGAACCAAUCAUCGCAUUUGACAAGGAUGAUAUCGAUACAUUGGACUUUGUCACUGCUAGCGCAAAUAUACGCUCGACAGUGUUUGGAAUAGAGAAAAAGUCAAGGUUUGACGUCAAACAGAUGGCGGGUAACAUUAUUCCCGCUAUUGCAACAACCAACGCCAUAGUCGCGGGACUCUGUGUGCUGGAGUCGUUCAAAAUUUUGAAAGGGGAAUACGACCAGGCAAAGGAGGUUUUUCUGACGCCUUUUGCUUCAGCGCGACUUCUUGCACCUGACAGGUCACGUCCACCGAACCCUGAGUGUCCAGUGUGUGGUGUCUUCAAUACUAGUGUCAUUGUCGACCUAUCACGAGCCACGCUGGGUGAUGUUGUUGAGGGCUAUCUCAAAGAGGAUCUGGGCCUCGGAGACCGGGAAAUCUCUGUAAACAAUGAUGUCGGCAUUCUCUACGACUUUGACGAGACGGAUAACUUGCCAAGGAAGCUUACGGAGCUAGGCAUUCGCAAUGGAAGUUUCCUCACCAUCAUGGACGACUCUGAAGAGGAUACGCUGGUCAAUAUCGUUCUUGAUAUUGAAGAAGGGGCGCUCGACGCAACAGAGAAGCCUUAUAAAGGUGUACCUGAGGGCAAGUCUGAUAUUCCGAGAAAGUCAAAGAAAGAAGCCUUACCGGAAACGAACGGCACCAGCACGACAAAUGGCACUGUCCAUGUCGAAGGCCCCAAGGGGGUGAAGCGGCCCAACGAUGACAGCGAGUGGCAGUCCUCGAAAAAGGUCAAGGUUGCUGGUGCAGGACAGGAAGAUGACGUCGUGUUGGUGGAUGAUGCUGGCGGCGCAAUUGUCAUUGAUGACUGA